UUGGGAAUUAGAUAUCGGUGUAGAAUAAUAAUAUUCUAAAAUUGGUGUUUAAAAGAGAAUACUUUUGCAAUAUGUGCAUAGAAACGGCCCCUCUAGUUAAAUCGAACAUUAACACAAGGCAAAUGCAACAAAGUAAAUCACUAGGGAUAUCACUUGAAUCGGCCAUGGAUCGAACAACGAAUGAAGAUCUACGCAUAAAGCGUGUUGCCGGAGGGUAUAUGGUUCAAUAUGUACCACUUUUUUCGCUGGAUGGAAGCCUGUUGUUUGUCAUUUAUGAAAGUUCUAUUCAAGCGUUCAGCGUGACCACCGGUGAUCUUGUACGCAGCUAUGAAUACAGAGCUAAUGAAAGUCCUCUAAUCGGUGUGGUAAUUGACCGUACUCAAGGAAAAUACAUCUAUGGCUGCACCAGAGACGGUUUCAUCAUUUCGUGGAAGAUAGAUUCGGGAUUGUUGAUCGAUAGAUCCGAGAUUGUGAAGGGUAAAUUUGUCGCCGAAUCUUUCCAUGUUCUUUACGACCCGAAUGGCGUUUCAUCGUUUCUAGUACUUGGGACAUCAACCAAAAAACUGUUUAUUCAAUACUGUCCACGCAAAAAGGUGGUUAUAGAAGUAAUCCGACCCGCAAUUCACGAAAACUUGAAGUACAAACGAAGUGGGGCUCCUAAGGAAAAUAACGACGCGAGUACCGUGCAGAUUAUUGCAGCACCAGGAGGCAACGGAUUGAACUUUUUCGCUUAUAUAGCCAAAGACAGAUGGUACUGGGUACAAUUGAAGCCGAGAACGUUUGUGGGCAGUAUGCCACAUUGCGGAGGAGGAGAACCAGUAGUGUUGACUUGCCAUCCGAAGGAAGCUAUUAUUGCAGUCGGAGACACAUUGGGCCGUGUUGUGCUUUACCGAAAUUUUCUGUCAAAAGACAAAACAAUUUUCGAAACAUAUCAUUGGCAUCCGCACCCAGUUAUAUGUUUGGCAUUUUCCAACAACGGCACGCAUUUUUACUCGGGUGGUCACGAGCGUGUGCUGGUGAAGUGGAGUGUUGGGCAAGAGGAGAAGGCGGAUCUGAUACCCCGUCUCACUGACAGCCUUUUGAACAUAGCGAUUUGUCCGGAAAAUGCUAAGGUAGUUUUAUGCACUGCAGAUAAUGGAAUACAAGUCAUGAAUGCUCUUCACAAACAAAUUGCAAAUGUUCAAAGUUUUUCCAAAAUAUCGGCGGAUGUACCUGGGGACGAACUGUUUCCGGCUGGUUUACAAGUAAACCCGCGUACCCAUGCCAUCAUUAUGAACGCCCGAGUUGGGUGUAUUCAGUUUUUCUCAACCCACACAAAAAGUUUGCUGCACACUUUGGACAUUGCUAUGCGCAAUUACAACACAAAAGAAGACCGGGACGUGAUCCACAACACAGUCGUUUCAAAUAUUUGUGUUAAUGCGCAUUGGUUGGCGACCGUGGAGAACUGGAACGAUAACCAUAACUCGAUUGAAACGCGUCUAAAGUUCUGGAAGUAUAACGAGUCUCGCCAAACGUAUUACCUUAAUACGAAUUUGGAAAAUGUUCAUCACGGAGCAGUAUAUGAUAUGGCGUUUUCCAGUACUUCUCGCGAACGAGACUUGCAGUGCGCCACCGCUGGCCAAGACCGUCGUAUUAAGCUGUGGUCCUUAGAAGAAGUUCAGACAACCAAUGGAGGUGAAAAAUUUGUGUGGGCAUGUUUUGGUUGCGUCCAGCAUCGUAAUCUACCAGUGCGGUCGGUCGCUUUUUCCCAGGAUUCUUCUCUGCUGGCCGGUGGAUUCGGAAAUGUUCUUUGCAUCUGGAACCCAGAUACGCUUAAGCUGAAAUGUGUUCUUUCCGCUCCUAGCGGUUACGACGGAUGUGUAAACAGAGCACUCAUGAUCUUUCCGGCCGAAACAUCACAAAAGGGCGCAAAAGGCAAUAAACUAAUUAACCACGACGCACGGAUGAAAAUUAUUGCUGAAAUCAUUGCGCUAACUAAUAGUAAAGGCAAAAGUUCUUUAUUCGAUGAUGUUACUGAAAAAUGCCAGAAACUACAGCGAAUCAGUCGUAUGAAUGCAAUCCGCGAUGAAAUAAUAGAGAGUGUUUCGGAAAAUAACAAAAAGUAUAUCGUACAAAAAAUCCAGAAAAACAGCAAGAUAAAUAUGUCGCAAAGAGCCGAACUUUUCUAUGCUCUCCGAACCACGUGUCGAACAAAUGAAGAAAUGAAGAUUCGCAUUCAAAAUAAGCUGCUAACAAGCCGUCGCUCAGUCCAUAAAGUUCAGCAAUAUCUACAGAAGAUAUGUGCUAAUAUGACCAACGCUGUACGGUUUCGUGCAGUCCGAAAGCAGCAAAACUUUUUGCGUCGACAAUUGCCUUCAACACCGUUAAAAAGUGCUAUAUCCAACAUUUUUUCUCAAAAAAACAUCGCAGAUCAAAGGAAGAUAUCGGAAAAAGAGAAAACUUCCCAAAAGGAUAUAAUGAAUGACAAGAAGAAAGUGAUAGAAAAUCCGAUAAGAAGUUUUUUGCAAAUUCAUAAUGUCUUCUUUUGCUACGGGCAGUUCUCCCAUUUGGUAGUGGUAAACACAGAAAAUCGACUCGUUGUAUGGAACCUACUAUCAUUGAAAAUUCAGGUAUCUGCUGCCAUUACGAUCGAUCGCAUCGCCUUCGAUCCUAUUACUAACUUGAUCGCUAGUUUCACCAAGGAUAAGGAGCUGUAUGUGUUUCUACCAAAUAUUCCGAUGCCCUUGUAUCAUAGGAGUAACAUGCCUAAAGUAUUUGGUGCUGUAUGGGUGCCUAGACGUUACCCAAGUUCGCAGUCUUUCAACGUUGACUGGCAGGCCACAUCGCAGCUUUUCUUCCUCAAUGAGAAACAGGAACUACUACAUCUCGUCUCCGACAACAAUGAAGAUACGCUAGCACCAGUCGAUAGUGAUGACGAAGAAAUCCUAGUAGCAGACGAGGGUGGAAAACAAUCGUCGGUAGGAUUAAAAACUCCUUUUGCAGCGAUGGUCGCUAAACAGGUGGUUGGAAGCAAUGUACAAAGAAUUUCUGAAGUACGUUCUGGAAAUAAUGCUGGAGUGGCGGGAAAAUCAGCUCUAAGAGAUAUUGUUGGUUCAUCUUCUCAUACAAUGGCUCCAGUAAAUUUAUUGUGUAGGGAUUUUCUGCGAUCGUUACUUAUCAGCGGGGAUAAUCGGGUAAAGGAAGGCAAUUUGCAAGACCAGCAGAGGCAGGGCACAUCCAACGCUGAUCCAACAGACAAAGCUGUCUUUUGUGAGAUCGGUAAUAAUUUUUUAAAUGCUACAAAUGAUCCUGCUGUUGAUUUUAGAAACGAAGAUGAAGUUAGUUCGAAUGAUAGCAUGAUUCAAUUAAAGCAAAAGAUUAAUACGCGUAAAGCAACUGCUGCUGCAGUUAGCCAAAUGAAGCAAAAUCAUAUAUCUAGAACUGCAAAUGUGUUAAGCAUGAAACUGAAAAAGUUGCCUGAUGAAUUAAUAGAAAUAUUUUUUUAAAUACCUCAGCGAUACACUUGAAAAAGUUUUAGUUUUAGCCCAAUCACUAUCGUAAAAGUCGUUGUGAAAAAUAAAAUGUCUUUCAUUUUUUGCAAUUUGAAAAAUGAACACGGCACACAACUGUUCAAAUGUUAUUCAAAUAAUGUUUUCCAUUCAAAUUUUCUAAACUUGCCUCGGGCUUCAAAUUGUGUAAAACUUAAUCUAUGGUAUUUCAAAUAAUAAAAAAACAGU